AUGGAGUUAGCUCACAGUUUACUACUUAAUGAAGAAGCAUAUAACCAGCUUGGUGAAUUUCAAAAAGCAGAGUUCAUUUUUGAAUGGUUACAGUUUUUGGAAAAACUUUUACCAGUGACUAGCAAAGCUGAUAUAAGGGAAAAUCAGAAGAAACUGGUUGAACAAUUGACUUCUUUAUUAAAUAAUUCACCAGGACCUCCUACUAGACGGCUUGUUGCCAAGAAUUUAGCUGUACUUUAUAGCACUGGAGACACUUUUUCUGUUUACCAAACAAUUGACAAAUGCAAUGAGCUCAUUCGGAGCAAAGAUGAUUCACCAAGUUAUCUGCCUACAAAACUUGCUGCGGUGGUAUGCUUGGGCUAUUUAUACAAAAAAUUGGGAAGAAUUUUGGGAAACAGUUUUACUGACACCGUUGGGAAUGUUCUUAAAGCAAUGAAGAAUUCUCAAGGUCGUUAUGAAAUCAUGCUUAGUUUGCAAAAUAUAUUAAAUGGUUUAGGAGCUGCUGCUAUCCCCUGUCAUAGAGAUAUUUACAAAGCUGCCCGGUCAUGUUUGACAGAUCGAUCCAUGGCAGUUCGAUGUGCUGCUGCAAAGUGUCUACUUGAACUUCAGAAUGAAGCAGUAUUUAUGUGGAGUACGGACCUGGAUAGUCUUGUGACCUUGUGUUUUAAAUCCUUUGAAGGUUCCAAUUACGAUGUGCGCUUAGCAGUGUCAAAACUUUUAGGCACAGUAUUGGCCAGAGCUCUAACUUCUAAGCAGACAACAGUCAUGAAGCAUAACUUCCGCAGAGUCUCUUUGGAAGAAGCUAUGGAGCUACUGGGAACUGGAUUUCUGCGUGGAAGUUGUGGAUUUCUACGAGCCAGUGGCGAUAUGUUGAAAGGCACCAGUUCAGUCAGCAGAGAUGUUAGAGUUGGAGUCACUCAGGCAUAUGUGGUAUUUGUCUCUACAUUAGGAGCACAAUGGCUUGAAAGGAACUUCUCUGCCUUCCUUUCCCAUAUUCUAGAUCUGGUGUCUCAGUCUCACCCUAAGGCUGUUGAGAGUCAGAUGGAUGCUGUCGGCUGUCGCCGCUGUGUUUCAUUUAUUCUUCGAGCUACAGUAGGAGGCCUUCUUGGGGAAAAGGCUCAAAUUGCAGCUGCCAAGGAGAUUUGUCAGGCCAUCUGGAAACUGAAGAAAGUUGUGGAUGCUGCAAUGAGUGACAAUAACUUGGAAACAAGAACUAGUGCAACAGAUGUAACAACAAGUCAGCACGUACUUGUGUGUGCACUUCAGGAACUCGGAAGUCUUAUCCAUGGCUUAGGAACUACAGCAGCACCAUUACUGCAGGACUCCAGUACAGGAGUUCUGGAAGCAGUAAUUUCUGUCGUUCUGCAUCCCAGCAUUUCAGUCAGGCUGACCGCAGCGUGGUGCUUGCGCUGCGUUGCGGUCGCGCUGCCCUCCUAUGUCUCCCUGCUCUUGGAUCGCUGCAUCGAACGUCUCGGUGCAUUGAAAUCCUCCCCAGAAGCAGUAACUGGCUACAGUUUUGCUGUUGCUGCUUUGCUGGGUGCAGUAAAACACUGUCCUUUAGGAAUUCCACAUGGAAAAGGGAAG